AUGAAUAACCAGUCGCCCUCGUCUAUGGUCAGCGAGACCGAACACGGGCCCACUGUCAACGGUUCCUUCGGUACCACUCACUCGAUCCCUGAGUCUCCCGUGAACGGGUCUCCUAUCACCACUCACUCGACUCCCGAGUCUGCAGUGAACGGACACUUCGUCACCACUUACUCGGCCCUCGAGUUUACCGUCAACGGAUCCUUCGUCACCACUCGCUCGACCCUCGAGUCUCCCCUCAACGGAUCCUCUGUCACCACUCACUCGACCCUCGACUCUGCCAUCAACGGAUCCUUCGUCACCACUCACUCGAUCCCCGAGUCUGCCCACAACGGAUCCUUCGUCACCGCUCACUCGACCCCAGAGUCUCAGUCCCAUGUCGCUUCAGACUACUCUAGGAUACACGCACACCAUCCCGCUACCGGCCACGCAAACGCCGCCUAUGACCAGACCGGAACCGUGUCGAUGCUCGACCUGUACGUCUACGAAACCAGGCCUCAGGAGAUCCCCCUCUCCGAGAGGCUCCUGCAGUUCAGUUUCCGGGGAUAA